AUAUAGAUAUCUCUCUACCUUCUCCCAUUUAUUACCCCCACGAGCUCCACCGCACACUCCACUCUCCCCCCCACCCCCUCCUCCUUAUCCGCCGCCGCCGCCACCGCCCCCGCCCCUUCCAACCCUAGCUCGCCAUGGCCGACCUCGGCGGCGGCGGCGGCGGCGGCGAUGGCGUCGACGAGGACGACGAGUUCUACGAGUACAACCCCCACCCCUAUGGCGGCGGCUACGACAUAACCCUCACCUACGGCAAACCCCUCCCCCCUUCCUCCGCCACCUGCUACCCCCUCUCCUCCUCCUCCUCUCCUCCUUCCCUGCCGCCGCAGCCUCCGGUGGAGCCGGCGCCAUCUCCGGCUCCGGCGCCGGCUCCAUCUCCUGCUCCGGCUCCGGCUCCGGCUCCGGCGGCCGAUGCUCCUCAGGCUCGCCCCGCCACUCCUCCCAACAUUCCCCUCCAAACGUCGACCUAUGCGCCGUACGAUUACGGCGAACCGGAGGGGUAUCGGCCGGAACCCUACUACUCGCCGGAUCUGUUCCGAUCGUGGCCGUACUCGAGCUCCGAGGGCUUCGGAGGGUGGCGGAGGAGGGAGGCGACGGAUUACGACUACUGGAAUCAGCUGAUGCGGGGGUUGGAUUACCUCUUCGGCCACACGCAGGGGUACGGGGAGCGAAGGAUCGGCGUUGAUAGCUACGGGAUCCCCAUUUACGCCAACAAGAAGAGCGGCGGCGAUGCCCUAACCGUAGAGGUCGAGCCCCCGUCGGUUCAGAGUUUGGAUGUCUACGCGAUGCGUGGUGAGCAAGUGUAUUCAGCGCAAUCAGAAAGUUGGGAUUUGUGGCAUGGUGAGAGGAAAGAGGAGAGCUAUAGUUAUGGCGAAUCAAUUCAUGCCUAUGAUAGGUACUCCUAUGGGAAGCCAAUUAGUGUUCAAGUUGAGCCUCAAUGGAUUCAUAAAGUAAGCUACCACGAAGAUUAUCAAGAACAGAGAUACCAUAAUGAGGGUGAGGAGAGCAGUUUCUUUGGAAAUCCUAUCCAUGCCUAUGAUACACAUCACUAUACACAGCCACUGCAUGUUCAGGUUGAGCCAGCGGAAUCUUCUUGGUCACUAAAAUCGGAUUCCUAUGAGAAUUCUUCUCCAUAUGAUGAAAGAAGUGAGGCUCGUGAUCUUGAUACGUCAAGAUAUGCCUUUGAGCAGCACUCAUAUGAACAGCCCCGCUAUGUACAGCUUGAGCCUUUCAAGCCAUCAUGGUCGCAACAUUUGAGUUACUAUCAAGCCUGGGAGGAAGGGGCGGAUCCUGAGUCAAGCUAUCAGAUGCCAAAUUACUACAAGGAUCAUGGGGAGAUGACCUCCCCCAAAUCCAAUUGGAAUCAUUCAACGUUUGAAGAACAAAGCGAUGGGAGCACUCUCUUUUCUUCUCCCAACUACGCUUAUGAAAAGCACUACUAUGAGCAGCCUCAGAGUAUUCAGCUUGAACCAUUCAAGCCAAGUUGGUCAAUCAAUAACUCCCUUAAUAUCUUCGAGGAUGGGAUAUUUCACAAGUCUAGCUGGGAUGAUGAAUCGUAUUCUAAGAACGACGACCAUUUCUUCCCCUUCCAGAAAUAUUCUGAGUAAAUGGUGAUGUACAAUUUUAUGUGCCUCCAUGCUUUGGAAGUGUAUGUAAGCAUUCAACUUGUACCCCUAAAAAGAGUAUAUAAGCAUUCAAUAAUUUGUACGAUGUUUCUGUAAAUGCGUCAGUAACUGUUUAUAUCGAAUAAGGUUUAUGAAUUUAAACGUUUCUUCAAAUGACAUUAUUCUCUAUUACAACCUAUUCAUUUGGAAUA